AUGUCUAUUUAUACAAUUGAAGAUUUUGGAUUUUCUAUUUUUGAAUCAGAAGCAAAUGAUAUUAAGGACGUUAUAGGAAAGAGUCCCCCAACAAAUGCAAUAAGUGGCAACAAAUGUGAAGUAAAUGAUGCUAAUGUGGAGUAUUUUAGUAAAUAUGGGAAAUGCACAGUGUGCAAAAUGGACAACACGGAUAAGAAUUAUUGUCAACCAUGUCAAGCAAAAAUUUUCGAGGAAAAAUUCUGCAAAUGGAGUAGUGGUAACUAUCAAAUUAACGAAAUUAUACGGUCUUCCCAACGCAAAGCUACAAAAAAUGGUGGCUUUUUUGAAUGGAUUCCAUUUCACAAGUUUUCCAACAUCCAAAAAAUUGGUAAAGGUGGUUUUGCAUCGGUGUACAAAGCUACAUGGUAUAAUUCUAGAUUUUGUUAUUGGAAUUUGGUAACGAAGGAAGCAUUCAGAGUUGGUUCACCUUCGACAGACGUUGCAUUAAAAAGUUACGAUAAAUUAACGGAUCUUCUAGCUGAGUUAGAAGCAUAUGACAAUAAUAGAAAUUUAAAAACAUUACCUUGCUACGGUGUCACACGAGGUGACAUUCUAGAUAAUAAUUCCGAUGUCUUGCAGUUUUUCGAUGGUAAUUAUGUUGUUCAUUGUCUCAAGUGUCGUUCAAAAUUUUAUCAACCCAAGUCUGCUGAUCUCGAGGAUCAUAUCGCAUUGGAUUGCCCCGAGCAAGAAAAAGACAUUAUCCAAUUAUAUAAUCAGAAGAGAAUAGAAAAAUAUAAUUCCGGUGUCUGGCAGUAUUUCAAAGAGAUUCAGUGUGAAGAUGGUUUUCGAUUGAUCUAUUGUCUUAAGUGUGAUUGGAAUUCAUACGAACCUAAGACCGGUGAUCUUGAAGAGCAUAUGGCAUUGAAUUGCCCCAACCAGGAAAAAGAUGUAAUUCGAUUUUAUUCUGAGGGUCAAACAGAAAAAUACUUAUUAGUUCUUGAUCUUGCGGAAUGCGAUUUACGAACUUAUAUAAGUGAUAACUUCGUUCGAAUUACAUGGGUACAAAGAAUCGGUUUGGUUAAAUAUUUAGCCCAAGACAUCAAAGAGAUGCAUGAAAGAAAACUUGUACAUCAAGAUUUGCAUCCAGGAAAUGAAAUUGUCGAUAUAAUAGAAGGGUGGUUAGAAUAUGGUGAUGAAGCAAUAAAUCCUGAGUUUAGAGACCAAUUCGAUGUUGCUGAAGAGAUUCGACAAAAAUUAGCAUCUUCAUAUCGUGCAGAAGCGAAAACUCAUCAGCUUGCAAUAUAUAGUAGCCAAACACUCCCCACAAAAUUUUUGAAAGAAAUAUUAGAAAUGGAUGAUACUCCAAUGACUGAUCAGAAUAAAUGGGAAAAGUGGUUUGAAGUAAAGAAAAAAAGGGGCAAUAUCAAAGAAAUAUUGCUUGAAGAUUUUAAAGGAUUGCCUCAAGAAAAUAAAAUGAAAGGCGGAAUGAGGUCCCUUCGUAUUGCAAAUCGGGGACCAAUUAAGGUAGUCAUUAAAAAUACCAAUACGAGAGUACCAAAUCAAUCUGUUCGAUUUCGACACUUUAUUUAUGAAAUUUUCUUGCAUUAUCAAUGUAGUGGAUCCGAAAACGUGAUACAAUUGUUAGGAUUUACAAGAGAUAACGGUGAGCAUUUAGUUGUCAUGGAAUGGGCAGAUGACGGCAACUUAGAAGAAUAUAUCGAUCACAAAUUUCAAUCUUUAGAAUGGGCAGCCAAAAUAAAAUUAGCCAAGGGCAUCGCAGCAGGUAUCAAAUGCCUCCAUGAUAAUCACAUACUUCAUCGAGAUCUA